AUGGACGAGAUGUUCGUGGAAUUCUUUGAUGCCAUCGACGAUUUGUCGGACAACGAGAUGGAGGGAACCAGCGGCAUGGGAUUGGGAUUGGUCAUUCCGAAGCUGAAAACCGAUGGCCACUUGGGCGCCCGUGAGAUUUCGGCACAUUACAACGUGCCCCUGCCAGCUUUACAGCAGCUGAAGGUGGACUUCCCAGAAUGUCCUCCAGCUGAACUGGCGCGCUUCCUGGCCCGAAAGAGCGUUUCGGGCGAUGCCCAGAAGGCGGGGAAAUUGAUCGCCUCCUAUCUGGAGUGGCGGAAAGGCAUCGCGAAAUGGCCGCAGCCACCGAGCGACUUGCCGAACCCCUUUCGCUUCAAUGGCUUUGCGCGGGACGGCUCACGGCUGCUGCUGCUCUUGCCCUGCACUAUUGACAUUGGCUUUAAACCGGAGCUCUACUGUCAAACCUUGGUUCGGAACUUGGAUGUGGAGGUGGAGCGUGCCGAUACGCUGCGCUUCACGGUGCUGCUGGACUGCCGGCCACACCUGGCGCUGGGCUACGAUGCCAAGCCCGUGUGGAGGCUCUGGUCGCAUAUCUCGGCCAUGGCCAAGAUCUUUCAGUCCUACUUCCCGGAGAGAUUGCAACGCUUCGUGAUCUACCCCGCGGGUGAUCUGGAGAUGGGCGCCUUCCGGAUGUUUAAAGGUUUGCUGUCGACGGAGACGGUGAAGAGGGUGCGUUUGCUGUACAGUAAGCUUGGCUAUGCGGCCGCCGCGCCACCCCCUGAGUUGCUGGAAAUUCUGGAUGUGGCCGAGAUCCGGCGAGAGAACAAAGUCUUCUUCACCGGUCUUGAGCCAGAUGUAUAG